CUCCUACUCUGCCUAUAACUCAUAGCCAAGGCUGAGGAGCAAAAUCCAGUGUGUAUGUGUGUGAGUGUGUGUGUGAGUGUGCAUGCAUGCGUGUGUAUCUUUCUCUCUCUCUCUCUCUGCAUGCAAGUAUGUGUGUCUGUGUGUGCCAGUGUGAAUGAGGUGCUGAAGAUCAUUCCCUUCCCUCCCCUCCCUUCCCUGUAAUGCAUGCCAGUGUUGGAUGAAGCAGGGCGAGGGAGAGGAAAAAAAGAGGAGAGCUGCCUCUGUGGUGUGUCUGUUUGCCUAUUUGCAUCUGUUGUGCAGGCUGACUGGGAACUGCAGGUGCCACACAGUUUCAUACAUAGCUGAGAGAUGCUCUGAUGGUAAAAAGAAGCAGCCCUUCUUCCAGAGCGGAGCAGCAUCUGCCUUCAUCAAUCAGACUUGUGCUGGAUGGUGCUGCUGCUGGUGCUACAGACGGUGGUGUGCUCUCUCUUCCCAGGGCUGCACCAUGGCAGUCUUUUAGUAGGAUGCAUCCUCCUGCCUUGGCUUUGUUCUGCAGAUCCACCCAUCCUCCCAGCCACCAAGUCACAGGCGAUGGUGUCCUCUUUGGUGGGGACCUUUCGUGCUUUACUACUCUUGUCUCGGGUUCUUAGUUGUUGGCCUUGGCUGGGGUUUCAUCACCUCCUGUCUUUUGGGUUGGCUUCAGCCUGAAGGGGAGGACAAACAAAAACACAAGAGAGAGAAAGACAGAAAGAGACAAAGAACAAGACAAGAAAGAGGAUCUAUGUCUUUUCUUCUUCUUCCACAGUUUUGGGUGACAAUCCAGCAUCGUUCACCGUUUGGCUGAAAAAAACAAAAACAAAAAGGCAUCCAUUGAGAAGAAGUCUGAAAGAAAUCAACCACGUGAGGGGGAAAAAGGGGGGAAAAGACCCUGGGAGAGCAGGAUUGGAUCUUUUUUUCUUUUCUUUUCCCUUUCCCCCACCUUCUUUUUUCUUUUUCUUUUUCCCCCCUGGUCUGUACUAAACCUGGUGCCCCUUUCGAGGAGGAGAACUGCUCCCGAUUUUAUUUUUAUUAUUAUUUUUAUUAGUAGUAUUCUUAUUAUGCAACAGCCCCAAGGAUCUCCUCUUUCUCCGGGUGUAUAAGCGCGGGAUUGCUUUUCGCCCAAAUCAAUGUGGUUUCUUUGGAGCAUUUUCAGCAAAGGAUCGCAUAUGCUGCAGUGUCUUUGUGGCAAGAGUCUUAAGAAAAACAAGAACCCAACUGAUCCCCAGCUCAAGGGUAUAGUGACCAGGUUAUAUUGCAGGCAAGGCUACUACUUGCAAAUGCACCCCGAUGGAAGUCUCGAUGGAACCAAGGAGGACAGCAGUAAUUCUACAUUGUUCAACCUUAUACCAGUGGGACUUCGAGUUGUUGCUAUCCAGGGUGUAAAAACAGGCUUGUAUAUAGCCUUAAAUGGAGAAGGUUUCCUUUAUACAUCAGAACUUUUUACACCAGAAUGCAAAUUUAAGGAGUCUGUUUUUGAAAAUUAUUAUGUAAUUUACUCAUCAAUGCUCUACAGACAACAAGAGUCAGGUAGGGCCUGGUUCUUGGGGCUCAAUAAAGAAGGGCAAGUCAUGAAGGGGAACAGAGUGAAGAAAACAAAACCAGCAGCUCAUUUUCUACCGAAGCCAUUGGAAGUUGCCAUGUAUCGGGAACCAUCUUUGCAUGACGUUGGAGAAACAGUGCCAAAGGCUGGGGUGACUCCAAGUAAAAGCACAAGUGCAUCGGCAAUAAUGAAUGGAGGAAAACCAGUUAACAAGAGUAAGACGACAUAGCCAGAUCCUCAUGGGUGUUGUGACUUACUGAGCUCUCUUAAGUACAGCUGAGCACUUUACCCUUGCAAGACUGUCUCACACUGGUGUCUGCGGAUCAGCUGGAGACAAGCAGAUGCUUGCUCUUCGCUCAUUCCGACAUGUUUGUUGCAAGUGGAUAAAUCUCAACGUGUAACUCCUCCCACAGCAAAGAAGACACCUGGAUAACCAGCUGAACUCAGACCAUGGAAUGCCCUACCAGAUAUGGAAUGCCUUUUUAAUAUCUUUUCUGUGACUGUGACACCUCAUGUGAAUGACAUACUUCACAAGUACACUUGAUAUCCUGCCUGCUGACAGUUACCCAUAAUCCCCCUUUUGAGUCCAAGAAACCCAUGUGUUUUAAGUUCAAUUUUGUAGCACAAAAAAACAAUAACAAGUAAUUUCUAGAUAGAUGCUGUAAACUUGUGCUAUUAUCGAUUUUCUCUUCUUCCCCUUUUUUAUGAGGCUGCUCGCUCCGCUGUCUGUGUGACUCCUUUGCAGGGAUUGUGUUUCUCUCUGAUUUAGAUGUUGCUGGUGGCUUAGUUUUGGAAAGCAAUCAGGGGAGCCUUCAAAAACCCUAUUAGGAAUUAUAUCUGUCAAAGGAUAGGAUCGUCUCAGAGUUACAAAUGGGGAUUCAACAUGGGUAUACUGAGGGUGGUGUUACUGAGGAUGGAAAAAAAUCAAACAUGGCCCAUCAACAAUCUCUUCAGGCCAGUGUUUGACAUCCCCUGAUAGUUUCUUUGUGUGUGUGUGUUUUAUACAUAUCACAGGCUUACUGGUAAUGGUAACAUUUGCCUUGCCCAGCGAGCAAGACCCACACGUUUUUGGGAAAGUGGGUCCAAAGAACUCUGUAGGCCUUGUAGGCCUGAAUUAAGGCUCAUUUUUCAUCUAUUAGUCCUCAUUAUUUGAAAGUUUAAAAAAUUAAAAUGAAUGAGAAUUGUGCUACCUAAGUCUGUUUCAAAACAAUAGAAUCCUUUUUCCUGUUUUUAAAGAAUGGAACGUAAUCCCAUCCUAAUUUUUGGCUGUAGUCCACUCUCUUACUCAGCAAAGCAUGGGCAAGGAAGUUGUUGUGUUCUUUUUUGCAGCACCAAUGCAAAGGGUAGUUACAAAAUCUACUUUUCUUUUUUCAGUGUUUAAAAAAAGGGAUGUUUUUAACAGGACAUAUUUAAAGAGUUCCUUUGUGUUUCUUUUUUAAAAAGCAUGCAGAGUUCAGUCUCUAUGUAUUAUUUCACCAGUCCCCCACUACCACAUGUUUCCGGUUCAGCUUCUUAGGAUAUUAUGCCCUCCAAAUUGCUAGGUUUAUGGUGCCUUGCCUUGAUAUCAGUAUUCUUUUCAUUGUUACUACACAAACCUAGGCAAAUUCUAACAUGAUUACGUGGCCAAGAACCUUUCAGAUUCAAUUGCGUAAUAAAAUGAAUACUGUUGCUAUUUCCUUGACACUAGUGUUGAAGCCAAUGAAACUGGAAAAGAGAAUGGUCACAAGGGGGUUCAAGCUGUAAAGCAUAAAGUAGGUAAAGAACUUCAAAGUAUUUUUUAAAAAUGUGUGAUUAAAAACAGGAGGCAUGACACGAGCCAAAAUGUACCUCAGUUCUGGAAAACUAUGUAUGAGACUGCUAGGUGUCCAUUUCCAUGUUUACUUCUCAUUUCAUUUUUUAAGUCUGUAUUUUCGGAAUAGCUUUUCAAUAUUGGUUUUUGUUAUAAUCCAUUCUGGUCUCUUCAGAUUGCCAUCCUUCUUAGGGGGUUCCCGACUGACCAUUGAUUAAGAUUAUCAUACAGUGGACCCAUGUUAUACGCUGGGGUUUGGUUCCAAGAUCCCCCUUGGAUAACAAAAUCUGUGGAUGUUCAAGUCCCAUUAAAUAUAAUGACAAAGCAAAAUGGUGUCCCUUAUAAAAAAUGGGAAAUCAAGGGUUGAUAUUUGAAAUUUAUACUUGUUUUGAACAUUUCUGUUUAAGAAAAGAGGCUAUUUAAAGUUGGAUUGUUUCAACCAGUUGAGUAAAGCACAUUAAAAGCUAAUCAAUUUCAAAGCAUGUAAUGAGGUCCCACCCCAACCCUUCCUGAAAAAAAGAAAGAAAAAAACCCAAGGAAUGAGUGAAGAAUUUUAAAGCGGUGGAAAUAUGGGCACAAAAUUAAAACCCUUCUCCCCGUAGCUUCUCAAAAUGACAUUUCCUGGAGGACUGUAUUGUAAAGAAGUGCCCUUUCCAUUUGUUAUUUCGCAGGGAGGAGCUUCUCAUUCCCUGGGUUUGUGUGGUUUUCAGGAAUCAGCAGGUGGCCUGGCCUACUCAAGCGGGCACUGUGUGUUUACAGGCUGCGCAGUCACCACUGAAACUGAAAGUCUCUGCCCAGUCUGUCAACUUACUCUCAACUGUGAAAUGUUUUGUGUUAUUCUCUAGAGCACCAGGUCCUGGAGCCUGCUUACUUUUACUUUUGAAUAGACCGUUAUAUUUCUGUACUGUGCAACUGGAGUUUUAAAAACAAACAUUCUGGAACACUCUGAAAAAGGAAAGCAUAAUAAAAAGGACAAAAAACAUGCUACUUCUUCAGAAUUUCAUAUUGUUGCAUGAAGUGGGAGGGAGCAGAGGUUUUUUUAGCUGACUUCAAAGACUGAGAAUGGAACGCAGGAAUAGGAUAACAUAUUAUCAUCUGCUGCAACUGAUGGUUAUUAAGGCCAGCAAAGAAAACUUUCCUACCCUUGCUGCAUCUUAAUCCAAACUGCAUUCAUUGCAGCCUAAUCCUUUGGGCCCAAUUUAUAGGGGGCAUUCUUUCAUCUUAAUUUGAGACAUUUAUACUCAAAUUACCAUCCCAACCAGUUGAUCAGUUAAUGUUACAGUGAGGCUGACUUCAUGUUUGUAAAUGAUUGAUACUGUUAAGUAGAAUACAUAUACAGUUUUAGUUAUCCUUCACAAAGGUUGAAGUCAUGAAUCUUUCUUUCUCUGAGGGUAAAGCAUCCCCCCCCCCAAAAAAAACCAACACCCUGUUUCCGCAUAGUGGAGAUAAUUUUUUGUUCCUUGUGCUUUGGUUACGCCUUUAAGUUUGUCUCUUGUCUCAUCCGUUGCAUGGGAAGAGGAUGGUAAUGAUGAACUGCAUGUAGUAGGCUAUAUGUAUCAGACCUGUUGGUAUGUACUACUAAACUGACAUACAUAUAAGCAAUGAGUUUGUCUGCAUUGUACAGUUUGUGUUUAUUACCAUUUUGUUGUAUACACAGAUGCAACAUAUUGAAUAAAAUAUUUAUAUGAAGACAUAUUGGAGAAAAAACCCACCAUUUAUAUUUUUUUAAGAAAAUAAGAUUGUGCAAAGUAACAUUGCAUUGGCUGCAGUAUAACAAAACUUCGUGUAAAUAGUUUGGCAAAACUCAAUUCUUUCUCCCCUUGAUAAUGCCAAAGAAAAUUUUAGCUCAUUGAUAUAUUAAUUCUCAUUGUUUUCCAGGACAAGAUACCACCAUUUUGUUCCCUCUCAAAUUUAUUUUGCUGUUAAGUGAAACUUCCUUUUCAACUGUCUGUUACUUACUAAAGAACUGUACAGUAAACCUGAUGGAAUCAAUUUGUAUUUACA